AAAGUCUCUUUGCUUUGUUGUAUUCAUGUUCUACACUUUACUGUCUCUACCAUUCUUGCAACUAAGCACAGUCAUUCAUCUUCACAUUCCGUUGUCUUUGCUCUUUAGUCUUUACCAAGAACAUGGCUGAAAUUGGCUAUGGCAUCGCAGUGAAGGUCCUGGAGCUGCUUGGAUCCCGUACUUUCCAAGAGAUCAGCUCGGCAUGGGGCUUCAAAGGUGAUCUGAAAAAGAUUGGGCGCAGAGUCUUAGCCAUUAAAGCCGUACUGAUUGAUGCUGAGGAGAAGCAAGCAAGUAACGAGAAGCUAAGGACUUGGCUAAGGGAGCUCAAAGAUGUCCUUAUUGAUGCCGAGAAUGUGCUGGAUGAAUUUCAGUAUCGAGUAUUGCAGAAGGAUGUAAUGAAGAUAAACGGGAGCUCUCGCAAAAAGGUGCGAUUUUUCUUUUCUGGUUCUAAUCCACUUGUAUUCCGUUUUAAAAUGGCAAAUAAAAUCAAGGGUGUUAGGGAGAGGUUAGAUGAUAUUUCAGCUCUUAAGGAUGAAUUCAAUCUUGAUGCACAACUUGAAGAUAGGAACCCAACAGUGAACAGGAGGGACACGACGCACUCCUUUGUUCCUUCUCAGAAUGUCAUUGGUAGGGGUGAUGACAAAGAAAAGAUCAUGGAUCUUUUGAUGCAGCUAGAUGCUAGCAGAAAUGUCAGUGUCAGUGUAAUUCCUAUUGUUGGGAUUGGAGGUAUGGGGAAAACCACACUUGCCAAGUUGUCUUUUGAUGAUGAACAGGUAGUUAGUCAUUUUCAAUUGAGAAUGUGGGUGUGUGUUUCUGAGGAUUUUAAUGUUGCAAAGUUGACAAAAGAAAUCCUUAAAUCUGCAAUCUAUAGGAUUGAUGAGAAUUUCGUUGUGGAUGGAUUGCCAAACAGCUUAAAAGAACUUUUGAAAGAUAAGAAAAAUUUAGAGAAUUUGGGUGUGGAUGAAGUGCAAUGUCGUCUAAGAGAACUUUUAAAAGACAACAAAUUUUUACUUGUCUUGGAUGACGUUUGGAACGAGGAUCGUAGUAAAUGGAAUCAAUUGGAAGAGUUGUUAAUUGGUGGUUCCAAUGGAAGUAAAAUCUUAGUGACAACACGGUAUAGCUCUGUUGCUACUAUUAUGGGUACUACUACCACCUACAAGCUAAGAGGUCUACCUGAAGAGGACUGUAUUUCUUUGUUUGUGAAAUUGGCAUUUAAGGUAGGACAAGAAAAUCAAUAUCCAAACCUCUUAAAUAUUGGAAGAGAAAUUGUCAAAAAAUGUAAAGGGGUUCCAUUGGCAGUGAGUACUUUAGCUGGCCUACUUUAUUCAAAAGUUGAUGAACAUGAGUGGAAAUCUAUUACAGAUAAUGAGAUGUGGAAUUUAGAACAAAAGGAAGGUGACAUCUUACCCGCAUUGAAGCUCAGUUACAAUCAAUUGCCAUUUCACUUGAAGCAAUGUUUUGCAUAUUGUUCUCUUUUUCCAAAGGAUUAUGUCUUCUGUAAUAUUGAUUUGAUUCAAUUUUGGAUGGCACAUGGAGUUCUUCAAUCACCUAAGGAUGAAAAUGUAGAGUUGGAAGAUGUUGGUGACCUAUAUAUAAAAGAGUUGUUGUCGAGAUCGUUCUUUCAAGAUGUUGACCAAGAAUAUAUCUUGUUUUAUACCUUUAAAAUGCAUGAUCUGGUCCAUGAUCUUGCACUCUCAAUUGCCAAAGGUGAGUGUUCAGUAGUGACCAAGAAGCCUACCCUUGCAGCAGAAGUUUGUCAUCUGUCAUUUCUGGAGAAUGGGCUAGAAGUUACAACACAAUUAGAGAAGUUGAGCAAAGUCCAGACUAUUAUUUUCAAAACAAAGCAACCUGUGUCCUUACUUGAAGUUUGCAUCAGAAGAUUUAAGUACUUGCGGGUGCUUGAUUUGGAAAAAUCAUCCUUUGAGGUGUUGCCAAGUUCUAUUGGAAGUUUGAAACAUUUGAGAUAUCUCAACCUAUCAUUUAAUCACAUAAUCAAGCAACUUCCAAAUUCCAUUUGCAAGCUGCACGGUUUGCAAUCUUUAGCGCUUGAUCAUUGCAGCAAUCUUGAAGGGUUGCCCAAAGGUAUAAGGGACAUAAUCAGCCUCAAGUGUUUAAGUGUUACAACAAAGCAUACUUGCACGUUCGAGAAGACAAUUGAUUGCUUGGAUUCUCUUCGAUCUUUGUUCAUAGUUGAAUGUGAGAAUCUAAAAUGUCUGUUUGAAGGGAUGGAGGGGCGCCUCACCAAUCUUCGAACAUUGGUUGUUGGAGAAUGUCCAAGUUUGACUUCUUUGACACUCAGUAUCAAACACCUAACUGCCCUAGAGUACCUGAUGAUUAGGGAUUGUGAAGAGCUUAGUUUGACGAAUAAAGAAGAGAAUCCAAAUCUCAAGUUAAGCCUCCGAGUGUUGAUGAUUAAGAAGUUACCUAAGUUGGAGGUUUUGCCCCAGUGGCUCCAAGCAUUUGCCAACACUUUACAGCACCUAUGGAUUGAAGAUUGUUGUAAUUUCACCGCUUUGCCUGAGUGGCUGCCACAUCUGAAAUCACUGCAGACACUUAGAAUUCUAAAUUGCCCUGUGUUCUCAUCUCUCCCAGAGGGGAUGCAAGAUCUCACUGCACUAAGAGAAUUUCGGAUUGAAGAUUGUCCUAAGUUGAGUAGAAAGUGCAGAGAAGAAGUUAGGCACAAGAUUGCUCAUGUACCAAACAUUCAUUUCGGUGGGUAUUUCUAUGAGGAUAGUGGAAGUUCAUCAGAGAGAGAUGACGAUGUCAGCGUAUAUUUACCAGGAGAAGAUGAUGAGGAGUUCAACACAAGUCACAAUCAAUAGUCUAAAUGUUGCUCAAUUCAAAGUCACAUGUUCCUUCCGUAAUUUGUUCCUACUCAGCCAGUUCCAGCAUUUCAAGGUUAAUCACGUGUACCGAGAAGCCAACAGAGUUGCGGAUAAGCUUGCCAAGGAAGGCUGUUCUUGCCCUUUUGGUUUUGUUAUUCUAGACUUUCCUAAUUCUGAAGAACUAUGUAAUAUUUUGAGCUCAGAUGCUUCGGGGUUGUACACCUUAAGGCGUAAUGCCACAACAUUGUUUGCUUUAA